UAUUUUAAAUACUGCAUUCAGCAUAACGCUGUGCCUAACUUUCAAUUCACUAUUAAUUGUUUCAAAUUAUUAUAUUUCAUAAAAGGUUAACGGAAAAAUGAUUACGAAAAUGAUGUUUUUGUUGGCUUGUUUUAAAGUUUUAGUAAUGGCAACACGAACUGACCAACAUUUUCAAGGAGAGAGUUCAGGUUCCAACAACAAUCAAGAGGAGUACUUGGAGGAACUCUAUAACGCAGGUAUUGUUCAAUCGUUAAACUUAAUGUUCACGUCAGACGAUAAAAAUAAUGUCAACAUUGACGACAAUGACAUUAGACUUCUUUCGGAAGAAUGCUACACUAACGAGAGCUGUUUGAAUGAUAAAAAAACUUCCACCAAAAAGUACCGCCAUAAAAUGCAAGCCAUCCAGUGUGUUAACGGACUGUUCGUUUUGCAUGUAUUGAACGAGCUGGAAAAAAUCAUGUACAACAAAAAAUCAUCAAACAUUAAGCAGCUAAAAAACUUCCUUCGAGAGCCCAUAAUAGAUCAUCUUUUUUAUCUGACACACAUGUUGUCGUUUUUAAACAUGGCCAAAUGGGACGCUUACGCUUGGCAAAUCAAAAUUUUUACCUUUGUAGCGGGUCUCACGGUUUCGGACACGGAUAUAAAACAAUACAAACAACAUUUCACAACUAAUUACAACGUACUCAUGCGAGGCACCGUGUUGAAUUUCGUAGGCCGAUGUAUCCGACAUGAAUAUUUAUCGUAUCCAGACAAUCCAAGCUCAGAGAAGUCACCAUUUUCCAGUCUUCUCGACAACGUUUCUUCGCGUAUGAACUUGUUGUACAGACACGGUGCGCUGGAACCCUAUGGAUUCUUAGGUCACUGCACCGUGUGGAAUCUCACGCUGAUGCCUCUGUAUGUACAUCAAGAUAUUAUUUUUGACUGGUCCUUGUUUGACAUCGGACUCAAAACGGAAAACGUCAAAAUUCAGCUGCUUAAAUACUCUGAUUUGUACUUUGCGCAGCAAAUGUCCAAUACAUGGGAAUUGGACCCGAUCGGAGGUAACAAGUACAACGCCCUGAUUGCGAAAUGCAUCCACUUAAGGAUUGUAUACGCCGCAUGGUUUCACUUGUUUACUUAUCACAACCUACUGAACCGACCCCUUGACGGAGGCGUCGUACAACAAUUCAUGGGGAAAGGACCACUGGUCCAAAUCUGGCAUACGCUUGUUUUUCCUCUCAAACGCGCCUUAAGGGCGUUCCGGUUUGACGAAAACAUCUACUGGUCUGCAAUAAGCAUUAUGAUGGUCGACAUAAAUGUGAAUAGCAAACAACAAGUCGCGGUACGGGAAGAGUAUACGAGAAAUUAUUUCUGCCAAGAGGUUGAAAAUUUAGGCCUAGCCAGAGCAUCCGACAUUAAUCGAAAAUUGACGAAAUUAGAAGUUGCAAAAGAGCACGGAUUAAUGUAUGAGAGGAUCAAAGCCAAUGGCGAAAUGCUAGAUGAUUACACUGAUCAGAUACUACGCGUAUUGAGUCCAGUCGACGGCUCGUUUAUUCGUUUAAUAGUUUCUCCCGAAGGAAAUGAAACCUUUGUAACGCAUUAGACGAUAUGAUAAUGUUAUAUAAUCAUUUUUUUUUUUGUGAUUGUAUAUCUAAUAAACCUAUUUGAAAUUGA